AUGCAAGCAGAGAGAAAGACACGCAAUAACCGUCGCCACUUGCGGCUCUCACUACCACUACUUCCCUUGUUGCUAUCGAGCACGCUGCUCCUCUCUCCAACCAGCGGAUCACCAACAGCGCCGGCGCCACCGCCAGCACCGGCACCGGCACCAGGGCAGUCGGCACCGCUCACCUUUGAGCCCUGCGUCGCCAUGUGCGUGCGCACGUCCGAGUGCGGGCCGGACGACAAGAACUGCAUGUGCAACACGUCCAGCGUCUUUUUCGACUCGACGGUCCGCUGCAUGUACCGCGACUGCGCGGGGUGCUUCGACUCGGCCGACGCCUCCUUCAUCGAGCGCGUCGCCGCCACCUGUCGCGAGUACGGCAAGCCCGUGCCCACCCCGAGGCUGCGCGAGGCUCGCAUCCUCGCCGACGUGCUGGCCCGCAACCUGAAAAACGCCACCACCGCGGCCGCUCCGCCCCCGGGUCCAACCGGGACGGCGGCGCUGGGUAGGCCGGCACCGGGGACGUAUACGUCGGAGACACCCGCCCCAGUGAGGCAGGCACCAGGAACGUAUACAUCGGAAACCCCCGCUCCGGGACGACAGGCACCGGGAACGCAGACAUCGGAAACACGCGCACCAGGAACGCAGACAUCGGAAACGCCCGCACCGGGAAGACAGGCCCCCGGACUGCCUACACCAGGAACGCAGACACCGGGCGCAUCACCCGGUGCGACGGAGGGGUCGCAACGGCCGCCGUAUGGCGCCCCGCACCAGACCAACGGGCCGAUUAGAGACAUGCCAGCGGGGUGGGUGGCGGCGGGGCCGACCAAGACGCAGACGCACGAGGCUGCCCGGGGUACCCAGCCCGCGACCACGGGAGGGCCCGGGCGGGCGAACGAUGGUGGACGCGAGGGCGGCGGUGGCAGCGGCAUAGUCAUCGGCGGCGGCGGCCUGGGCCUAGGCAGGAACGCCACCUCCAUCAUCAAGCAAUCGCCAGUGCCGACUGCCGAGCGCGGGUCGUCGCCCACGCCCAAGCCGGACGAGCGCCGCCUGCCGGCGGAACCCACCGACUCGUCUCCGUUCGCGUCUCCGAUCGGAAGCACCGCGCAGAUGGUCACGCUGCAAGAGCUGGUCUGCUGGGGCUUUGCGGGCCUAACUGCGGUGAUGCUCAUGUGA